CAGUUCGAAAGCAGGUCAAAGUGCAAGUGGAUAAAUAGGUACCGCUCUGGCGGGAAGGUAAACGGCGUUUCCGUGCCACAUGACCCAGAAAAACUGUCUGCGGACAAACACCGGCUCCCUCAGCCAGAUGAGAUGAGCGCUGCAACCCCAGAGUUGUCUACAACUGGACCAAACGGUCAGGAGUCCCUUUACCUUUACCUUUACCAGCAUAGAAAACUAGCUUACAUUUAACACUUGCUAGAUUCAGGGGUUCCCAUGGACUGCAAGAAGAUUCAGAUCCCAUGGACUGCAAGAAGAUCAAACCUAUCCAUUCUUAGGGAAAUCAGCCCUGAGCGCUCACUGGAAGGACAGAUCGUGAAGCUGAGGCUCAAAUACUUUGACCACCUCAAGAAAAGAGUAGAGUCCCUGGAAAAGACCCUGAUGUUGGGAAAGAUGGAGGGCACAAGGAGAAGGGGACGACAGAGGAUGAGAAUGGUUGGACAGUGUUCUCGAAGCUACCAGCAUGAGUUUGACCAAACUGCGGGAGGCAGUGGAAGACAGGAGUGCCUGGCGUGCUCUGGUCCAGGGGGUCACAAAGAGUCGGACACGACUAAACGACUGAACAACAAGAUUCAGGGGUUAGAAGGGUCACUGCAUACAGCCUACUCCCCCCCCCCCACUAGGGAUGUUUGAUAUCUGGUUUCCAACAUCGCAAUAUACAGUAUCACCGUCUAAACAUUGCGACAUACUGAUAUGAUGUCCAACAAGGAUGGAGCUAGGUAGAGGCAUUAGCCGACUUCACAUUUCCCCCCACACUGUGACUUUUGCAUUGCACACGCACGCAUGCAUCAUGAUUCGCAAUAUUUUGCCAGGUCAAAAAUUAUCGUGAUAUGGACUUCAAACCAGUUUUGGAUGAUAUUAUAUUGCCCAGCCCUAACUCAUAACAAUGAACAGGCCUUCCUUUUCACAGCACAUCAUUGACCUUUCUUUUCCCCCUCGCCAAAUAAUUUUAAAAGCUAUAUUUGAAUUCAGAGAAUGCAGCCGUAACACUAUGCCCAGACACAGAGCUUCACCAUAGGCCGAGAGAGGCUGUUUCCUCAAGCAAAGGAACGUAGAGCAACUGGAUUGUAAAUAUUCAGCCAAACUAGUGGCCAAUUAAAAACAAAACAAAACACUAAAACCAGCAGCCACCUCUUUCUUGUCAGCCACCAUGUGACCAGAACUGGCACCUUGUUCUCAGAGAACCAGGGCUGUAUUAGGAAAGCCUCUGGGUUGGAUGGAGAGGCCAAUGAAUGAAGCUAAAAUGUUAUUAGUGAUUCCUCCAUUUAAGAGGUUGAAAAUGCUGGCCCCAUCCCUCUGAUGAGACCAGGCGCCAGCACUGGCCACAUUUUCUCACUCAUUGAUUCUCUGGCAGAGAGCAAGUGAAACCCAUCCUCUGGCACAUGUCUGAAAUCUAGAUUCCCAAUCUUGCCAUGGCUAUUUAUAAUUCGGAAUGCCCACAGGGUGUAUCAAACUAGCCGCUUCCACAUUCAACCUGGCUGUCUUUCUGAACUAUCUGCCCACAUAUCAAAGAAGGUAUAUAUAAUUUUGAGACAAACAACAGCUUCAGCUUAGGGCGUGUAUUUGGAAUGGGCAGUGAUACUGGGCAAGUGAUGUCAGCAUCGUCCUUGAGCCAGUGCCACCAACUGGACUCAUCCACUUCAGCCCCGACUGGGCUGGGCAGCACUUCCAGAGACCACCUUCUGCACAGGAACAGGUCAAAGUGCUGUGGACUCACAGCUUAGAGUUGUGAGCACCGGAUUCACUUCCACAAGAAGACAGUCGUCGCACAGCAGAGUACAGCAGACUCUAGCAGAGUAUAUAAACAACUCGGAGAGCAGCUCUGUAGAAUAUCUUCUUUAUUCUAUAACUACAACUAUAAUACAACUAUAUACAGAGCUAAAUAGGUCUAUAAAUGAAUGCUGCACUGCACUGAGUGUCUGCAGAUGCUCUUAGCAGCAACCUUAUCUCUACACACAAUCUCUAACACUCAGUCUCUCUCUCUCUCCCCGACACUGACUGACUGACUGACUCGGUGCUGGAGCAGAAUAAGUAGAGAGCAGAACACGCCUCCUCCUCUCUGGAGAAUCAGCAGACUCCUCAGGAGAUUCUUGGAUAUGGGAGGGGUGAAAUCUCCUCAAGUGAGGUUGUACCUUCCUUCUUAAGGUGUACGAGAAUCUGAAAUACACUGGCCCUAGAGCAGUGCUGCUCUGCCACCCGCUCACUGACCCCUUGAAAACUGCUGAAGAUCCUGGUGGACCACAGGAUGAUUUUUCUGCCAGCAGUAGCAACAGUAGUAUGCCAUGCUAGAUGCUGCAUGAUUUUUUUUAUUGAAUCAUAGAAUUAUAGAAUUAUAGAGUUGGAAGAGACCACAAGGGUCAUCGAGUCCAACCCCCUGCCAAGCAGGAAACACCAUCAGAGCACUCCUGACAUAUGGUUGUCAAGCCUCUGCUUAAAGACCUCCAAAGAAGGAGACUCCACCACACUCCUUGGCAGCAAAUUCCACUGUCAAACAGCUCUUACUGUCAGGAAGUUCUUCCUAAUGUUUAGGUGGAAUCUUCUUUCUUGUAGUUUGGAUCCAUUGCUCCGUGUCCGCUUCUCUGGAGCAGCAGAAAUCAACCUUUCUCCCUCCUCUAUGUGACAUCCUUUGAUAUAUUUGAACAUGGCUAUCAUAUCACCCCCUAACCUCCUCUUCUCCAGGCUAAACAUGCCCAGCUCCCUUAGCCGUUCCUCAUAAGGCAUCGUUUCCAGGCCUUUGACUACAGUGGUGCCUCGCAAGACGAAAUUAAUCCGUUCCGCGAGAGUCUUCGUCUAGCGGUUUUUUCGUCUUGCGAAGCAAGCCCAUUGACGGAUUAGCGCUAUUAGCGCUAUUAGCGGUUUAGCGGCUAUUAAAGGCUUAAAGGCUUAGGGGAUUAGCUGCUAAAAGGCUAUUAAAGGCUAUUAAAGGCUUAGCAGAUUAGAUAAAGGGGGAAAGCGAAAAAAACCUCAAGACUCGCAAGGUAUUUUCGUCUUGCGAAGCAAGCCCAUAGGGGAAUUCGUCCUGCGAAGCAACUUCAAAACGGAAAACCCUUUCGUCUAGCGGUUUUUCCGUCUUGCGAGGCAUUCGUCUUGCGGGGCACCACUGUAUUUUGGUUGCCCUCCUCUGGACACGUUCCAGUUUGUCAGUGUCCUUCUUGAACUGUGGUGCCCAGAACUGGACACAGUACUCCAGGUGAGGUCUGACCAGAGCAGAAUACAGUGGCACUAUUACUUCCCUUGAUCUAGAUGCUAUACUCCUAUUGAUGCAGCCCAGAAUUGCAUUGGCUUUUUAGCUGCCGCAUCACACUGUUGGCUCAUGUCAAGUUUGUGGUCAACCAAGACACCUAGAUCCUUUCACAUGUACUGCUCUCAAGCCAGGUGUCACCCAUCUUGUAUUUGUGCCUCUCAUUUUUUUUGCCCAAGUGCAAUACUUUACAUUUCUCCUUGUUAAAAUUCAUCUUGUUUGUUUUUGCCCAGUUCUCUAAUCUGUCAAGGUCGUUUUGAAGUGUGAUCCUGUCCUCUGGGGUGUUAGCUUCUUUUAUUUCUUAUACUGCAUUUUAGUGUGAUAGUUUAGAUUCCACAGACUACAGUACAAAAGACAACAAAAAUAACAUACAAUAUAAGAAAUAAAAGAAGCAAUACAAUUAAACAUCAAUACAAAUAUUUAAUGCAUUAUGCCUGCUGCAUUUCAUAGACACACCAUGGACCACCUGAAUGAAGACUGUGGACCACUAGGGGUCCGUGGAGCAGUUUGGGAGCCCCUGCCUUUGAACACAGGUGAGAAACCUCUAUCCUAUAUGUAAAUAGUAAUUAUAUCACAACCAUGGGACUAUUUAAUACAUGCAAUUAUUAAAAUGCAUACACUGGGGGAAGUCCAUUUCGACACCAGGGAUGGAAUUCAGUGUUGCGCUGAUACCAUUGUAUUUUCUACAUAUGUCAGAAAUGCAAAAAAAUAAGCAGGCAUUUUCCCAGGUUUCCAUGGAAAGACUGUGUGAAUCUAACAUUGUAAUGAAAGUGCCUCCACUGUUGACAAAGAGGAAUAAUUCUCUGUUCAUAAAAACACAAAGGAGCAUCCGGUGGUGAAGACUGGAUUUGUCUACGGUGGUACCUCUGGUUACGAACUUAAUUUGUUCCGGAGGUCCAUUCUUAACCUGAAACCGUUCUUAACCUGAGGUACCACUUUAGCUAAUGGGGCCUCCUGCUGCCGCCACACCGCUGGUGCGUGAUUUCUGUAGCCUGUAGCAAAGUCUGUAACCUGAAGUGUUUGUAACCCGAGGUAUCACUGUAUUAUUAUACAAAUGCUUACUGUUUGAUUAGGCUCUAAACCACAGAGCCUCUUGGGCUUGCUGAUCAGAAGGUUGGAGGUUCGAAUCCCCGCGACGGGGUGAGCUCCUGUUGCUCGGUCCCUGCUCCUGCCAACCUAGGGGUUCGAAAGCACGUCAAAGUGCAAGUAGAUAAAUAGGUACCGCUCCGGUGGGAAGGUAAACAGCAUUUCCGUGUGCUACUCUGGUUCGCUAGAAGCAGCUUAGUCUGUGGACAAACGCAGGCUCCCUUGGCCAAGAAAGCGAGGUGAGCGCCGCAACCCCCGAGUCGUCAGCGACUGGACAUAACGGUCAGGGUUCCCUUUACCUUACUGUUUGAUUAUGUUUUUAAUUAUGUUGGCAGCCGCCUAGAGUGGCUGGGGCAACCCAGUCAGAUGGGCGGGUUACAAAUAAUAAAUUAUUAUUAUUAUCUGCACAAGGAUUUCUGCUUGCCAGGUGGAACAAUCUCCCCUCUCCUCUCGCUGCAUGCUGUUCUAGGAGGUUCUCCCAGAGACAAUUGGGGGGGCACAGAGGGAGAGAAGAUGAAAAGCCCAAGUUUCACUAGCGGGAUUUGUGGUGCUGGUUCCCGCAAGUGCAACCGUGUGGUUGAAUCCAGCCCCGACGUCUUUUUCAAGUUCGUAUAAAAAUAAACUUCUGAUUUCUCAGGAGAAAAAGUAUCGCUGUCAGAUUCCAGCUGGAGUUGUGGUUACCGAAGGCAGGCUCGUAACAAAUGAUCUGAAUCUGACUGGGCAAAGGCCAUGUGGGUGGGAGGCCUGGCAGGGAAAGCAGAACACCCCCUUCUGGCAUGACAAAACAGGAGAGCCUGGAGAAGCUAAUCAGAUGCCAUCGGCCAACUCAGAUGUGUUUUUCUCCCCUUGCUUGCCAACUGCAGAGAAGAGGCUGCCUUUCAAAAGUGCUGGCUCCCCCUGAUGGACGAAUGCUGGCCACAAACAUUCCCUCCCUCUUCGUUGUCAGGACGGAAGCACAGGAAGGCCGAGGCAGAGGAGCAUGGGGUGGACAGGAGGUCGGUCUGGAUUUGCCGCUAGGUCUCUUGGAUGAUUUGCAAGGGUGCUGGCCCCCACAUUGUUCAACAGCAGUCAAGAUAACAAAGGAACUUCCCCUCUAAAUUGGGCUGGCAUGCUCAUUAGAGGACACAAAUGCUCCCCUUUGUAACACUCUCAUUGGUUUCAACUUACGCUGCGUAAAAUGUGAUUCUGGAUGAGCCCUUAGAUUGCAUUUCACCUGUACAUGGUGCUUAACCCUUAGCUGUGUAUUGUAGCGGUCUGCAGCUGAAUAGUGAAUUUCAUAGAUCUACAUAGGGAUCAUAUGGGACGCGGGUGGCGCUGUGGGUUAAACCACAGAGCCUACAAUUUGCCAAUCAGAAGGUCGGCGGUUCGAAUCCCCGCGACAGGGUGAGCUCCCGUUGCUCGGUCCCUGCUCCUGCCAACCUAGCAGUUCAAAAGCACGUCAAAGUGCAAGUAGAUAAAUAGGUAUAGCUCCGGCGGGAAGGUAAACGGCGUUUCCAUGCGCUGCUCUGAUUCGCCAGAAGCGGCUAAGUCAUGCUGGCCACAUGACCAGUGGAGCUGCACGCCAGCUCCCUCGGCCAAUAAAGCGAGAUGAGCACCACAACCCCAGAGUUUACCUUUACCUUACAUAGGGAUCAUAGAAUUGUAGCGUUGGAAGGGAUCCUGAGGAUCAUCCAUUCCAACUCCCGCAAUGCAGGAUUGAAUAUGCAGCUGUCCCUUACAAGCAACAAACGUGCAACCUUGGUGUUAUGCGCACCAUGCUCUACCCAACUGAGCAAUUUAACCGCCUGAUCCUAAGCAUGUCUGCUUAAAUCCCAUUGAACUCAGUUAGACUUCCUUCCUGGGAAACCUGCUUAGAAUCAGACAUGUUUACUUGGAGAUAAGCCCCCUUGAAUUCAAUGGGGUUUACUCCCAAAUCAGCAGGGAAAUGAACCUUGCAAUAUAUUAUAGGUGACCAAACAAAUCCAUAAGGAUUAUCUCAAUAUCACAUACACAACUAUCGUAUCAAUUAUAUCCAGCACCCACGCAGUGUAUCAAUUCAUUACAAAGACUACUUGAAUCCCAGAUGUAUGUACUCAACAGUAUUGUUACAUACACAGAUAAAUUUAAACUCUGUAGACAAAGUUCUCAUUUUAGCCACAUUAGAACUGAAUAGGGCAGGGGUGUGUGAAUAGGGUUCUCCUUAUUUGUAUCUUAUGGGGGGGGGGAGAGAAUAAUGGUGUCCUCCAUUUCUUCCAGAUCAUAAGAGAAUAAUAAUUUCCCAUAAGGAUUAUUAUGGUACCCGAAUUUAACUGCUGCGCCCGUUGUCUGAUGCUGGGAGAGCACAAAAUGCUCUUUAAAGAGUGGUGGACUUUCAUUCCGAAAGUUUGGCUAAUUAUUUAUCAGAAAAAGAAAAGGAAAAAUACAAAAGUUUGGAGAUCUGGCUACUCUCCGUGUCUUCUUGCCACUCAGCAUCUAGAUCAGGCACAGGAAAAACUCGUCCCUCCAGCUGUUUUGGGACUACAACUCCCAUCAUCCCUGACCGCUGGUCCUGUUAGCUAGGGAUGAUGGGAGCUGUAGUGCUAAAACAGCUGGAGGGCCGAGUAUGCCUAUGCCUGAUCUAGAUGUCAAAAUUUUCUUGGCUUUCAGUACACUUAAAUAUAAUAGCAAAGCUUUAGCUAUUCAGUAAGCAGACUUGGUUUUGGAGGCACUUUCCUCCCAGGAAUUAAAACCCACUUCUAUAGUAGGUUUAAACAAAUAGAUUUCCCCUGCACAUUACACAGUCAUGGAAUCCAGCUCCCUUAAGUAAAAAGGGGGGGGAAAGAAAAGCCCUCUCUAGGGCACAGCAGAAUGCAUCCCAAAGCAGCUCAGGAGGUAUCUAAGCAACACAGCCGUCUCCUAGGUGAGAAAAGAAACGAGGCUGUGAUUGAGCUAAUUUAUGUCACAACAGUGGCAGAGCCCUUUUCGUAGGGAUGAGUAGUAACCAAUGAGGAUUUCGCAGCUGUCACUAGACUGCCUGCAGAGCAGUCUUGCAGGAACAUGGCUGUUGGUUCCUGGCCUUGAAGGAUGCUUGUGUGUCUCUAGCACUUGCAUGGCAGGGCGCUUAGCUGAUGUGGCUUUUCUGACUGCACAACUCUGGGGUGACAGAAAGCCCCAGCUCUACUUCCAUCAUUCUGCCCAGACACUGAGGUCCAGCGCCGAGGGCCUUCUGGCGGUUCCCUCGCUGCGAAAGCCAAGUUAUAGGGAACCAGGCAGAGGGCCUUCUCGGUAGUGGCACCCGCCCUGUGGAACGCCCUCCCACCAGAUGUCAAAGAGAAAAACAACUACCAAACUUUUAGAAGACAUCUGAAGGCAGCCCUGUUUAGGGAAGCUUUUAAUGUUUAAUAGGUUGUUGUAUUUUACUGUUUUGUUGGAAGCCGCCCAGAGUGGCUGGGGAAACCCAGCCAGAUGGGUGGGAUAUAAAUAAAUUAUUAUUAUUAUUAUUAUUAUUAUUAUUAUUAUUAUUAUGACAGUGGACAGACAUUUUCCUACCUCUCCAUAUUAUUAGAAACAGAGGUCAUCCAAGAAGCUGAAGGUUGGAAGAUUCAGGCAGGAGGUGGAACUUUCGUUCUAGAAAUUCGCUCCCACAAGAUACAGUGAUGGCUGUCAACUUGGGCUGCUUCAAAAGGAAAUUAGGCAAAUUCAGGGAGGUGCAAGCUGUCAAAGACUUCUAGACAGCUGAGGUAGCUCAGUCGGUAGAGCAUGAGGAUCUUAAUCACAGGGUUGUGGGUUCGAGCCCCAAAUUGGGCAGAUGAUUCCUGAAUUGGAGGGGGUUGCACUAGAUGACCCUCGUGGUCCCUUCCAACCGUACAAUUGUAUAAUACAGUGGUACCUCGGGUUAAGUACUUAAUUCGUUCUGGAGGUACGUUCUCCGGGGACCCUGUGAGAUCGCCACAACCUGCAACCCCCUACUUGCACCACUGAGUAAGCAAACACCCAUUAUUUAUGAUCUGCCAGGGUCAGGUCCUGCUGCGUUCUUGUAAUCAUUCUCAGCAGCCAUCUGCUUCAGCUAGUUUAUUUAUUCUUUUCCGUUCGGGGCUUCUUUCUGCCAUGCACCAACAAUGCUCCUCCAUCCCUGUAAUCGGGAGCCACUCCAAAAUCCACCGCAUGGGUGCCCCCCCACCUCAUCCUUGCCCAACCAGCCUUUCCCUCUUGACCUCCGCCUGACCUGAGGGGAAAGGGAUUGUUUUGCAAUUUGCCCACAAAACAGGCCGAUCUCAGGAGUUCAAGCAGGAGCCCAUCCUGGCUGCCACAUGUAGGCCUGGCAUUCACAUCCUGCUCAGGAGACAUUCACACACCCUAUUCCUUGGCAACGCACCGCUAUUUAUCCGUAAUUACAUGUUACCUGAGCUGGGGAGCCCGAGGCAACUUUGGUGCACGUGAGACAGGGGGACGUUCCUUUGGCACUGUUCUGGCGCACAGCCCAGACGCAUGGAAACAUCAGAACAGACACGUCUCUGCUGUCACAGCUCACUGGCACGGCAUCCUG